UACCUACAGGAUGCUGAGACGGCCAUCACCAACAUGAACGGUCAGUGGAUCGGCUCCCGGAACAUUAGGACCAACUGGGCCACACGCAAGCCACCAGCACCCAAAAACAAUGAUGCCAAUCAGAAGCCGCUAACAUUUGAUGACGUGUACAACCAGUCGUCCCCCACCAACUGUACUGUCUACUGUGGCGGCAUCACAAACGGCCUGUCAGAGGAGCUUAUGCAAAAAACCUUCGCGCCUUACGGACAGAUACACGAGAUCAGAGUCUUCAAGGACAAGGGCUACGCCUUCGUCAGGUUCUCCACGAAGGAGUCGGCCACUCAUGCUAUAGUCUCUGUGCACAACUCUGAGAUCAACGGCCAGCCAGUCAAGUGUUCCUGGGGCAAGGAAUCCGGAGACCCCAACAAUACCCCAGUCACCACUCAGGUCAUGGUAGGUCAUGCUUCAGCUCUCUCGUAUUUCAUAUCUUCUAGUAGGUCAGGUCAUGGUAGGCUAUGCUUCAUCUCUCCUUUAUAUUCCCUGUCAUUUAGUAGGUCAGGCCAUGGUAGCUUGUUGAGGCUGUUUAAUUGCCUCUUGUAUUCUGGAGCACUAGCCCCCGAUGUUCCGAAGCUUUCUUUUGCGCCGCUCCCGGGGCAGUACCCUAAAACUCGGGGGGAAAGUGGGUACUGUACCCUCAGGGCUCCCGCCCCAGGUGCAAGGGCCCAACAGUUCCGGCAUAAAAAGGUUUCGCCAGGGGACUAUGGCUACCAACAGGGAAUGGCGGGGAUGGCUGGCGUGCCCACUUGGCAAGGCGUACCACAACCCCAGCUGCCCACGGGACAGAUGCCACAGCUGCAGCAGCCAGCGUCGAUGGUGGGAGCUUAUCCCGUGCAGCAGUUUCAGCUGUCGAGCCCCUACCUCCUGGGCAGCACUCCUGGCACCUUGGUGCAGUAAUGGAGGGGUCAGGGACGCUGCUGUGAGUCCUCCCGUGUCCUCUCAUCCUCCUCCUCCUCCUCCUCCUCUGGCGGAUGGAAGCUUCACAAGAUGUCACACUGAACUCCUCCUGACUAUGUGAUAAUAUCGCCGACAACGCAGUGUUUAGUGGAUAUCGUGAUUGUUAAAUGCUGCCGCUCUCAGUCUCCCGUGUUGUUGGCCGGCAGUGACAAGACUAUCUGGGCGAGCGUUGGGGUGAUGGGGCCUCGCGUGGGGCUGACCUCGCAUGACCCAAGACUGUUCAGUUGACCUAUUCAGCGGGUAAACCUGCCUCUGUCCUACUACCCCCUUACCCUCCUUCAUCUCCUUCCUCCUUCCCCGUUGCCCGUUGCUCCUCCCUGAGUCGUGGCUCCGUCGAUUCACUCAUGUUAACACAACAGCGAGUUUGGCGAGAAGACUUGGGUUAGAUUUCAAUAAGUCCCAUUUUUUCUGUUGAGGAAAAUAGUGUUGAUAACAACGGUCCCUACUGAAGUUCCAUUUAAUUGGGCUUGCAGUGAUCCAGGCCCGCAAAUCACCAGUACCUGUAUGGUCAUAGGUGAAGCUACCUGGAUUUGAAAAGGGCCUUCACAGGUAGCGAUAUAGAUGUAGCUGUCAAGGCUGUUAACCGCACAAAGGAUCCACCACGGGUAACAUGGGUGCAAUUAGUAGAAACGCGGGCGUGCUAAAUACAGUGAUCCUACCAGUAUGAUGGACAUAGGCAUAUAUCGUGGGCAUAUAUAGUGGGCAUGGACAUGGGUGUGACAGGUCCGCCCGUCCUGGUCAGCUCACGCCGAGGCCCCGUUGCUGACUGUGUGGUCGCCGCAAUGUUGCUGGUUUCAUAUUGUUACAACCCGAUCAGUAGCUGCAUCACCAGGUCUAGUGCAGAACCCCUUUCUUCAAGUUCAAGCCUCACUCUUCACUGCACAACCUUCUCAAGUGUCAGCAUCUUCAAGAUAGAAUAUUCUCCAAGUAUCGGUAUCUCGCAAUAGAACUUCAUUCAUUGGAAUAUACAGUUAAUACAUAAAUCUUUAUCUUACAAAAUCGCUAUUGCCAGUUUAAAAAAAAAAAAAAAGCUAUAGUUUCCUAGGCAGAAGUAUUUCCAACAAGAGAGGCACUGUUCUAACCAAAUAUAUCAAACAGAAACUCUAACCUUAAUAUUUUCUCACACAAUUUCCUAAAAGCCCGGUUAAAACCAGACCUCAUAAUUCCAGACGUUUCCCUGUGCAAAAACAUUAUGUACUCCUCCUCAGCCCAACCUUCUUUCAAGAUAAAACCAAGAUCCUUCUCAGACCCUUCUGCAAACCAUACGGAAGAAUUUCCUUCAGUUAACAGUUACUCCAAAAAAAAAAAAAAUUCUUCAAGACAGAACUCCUAAGCCCCAGUAUAUUUCAAACCAGAACAUCAGAGCCCCAAUAUUUUCGAGAUCGAAGUACCUAAGAGACAAAGCCUUCAUUAUUCCCCAGUACCUACAACCCUAGUACUGCAUCUUUACAUCAGAACUUUCACCAAGCCCUUACAUGUUCAAGAAAUAACCUCUUCAAGCCUCCAAGACAGAUCAUUCAGAUUUAUAAGGUUUAGUAGUGAGAUUCUUCAGUUGGGUAACAGUGUGCCACAUAUCAGAUAUCGCAGAAAAGAAAACGAGUCAGAAAAAAAACAGCAACAUUAGCUUCACUGACCACCAGGGUGUACAUAAGAAAUAUAUAGUGCAAUAUUACUAAGAUAUAACAAUGCCCUCUUAAGUAAUUUCAUGAGCACGGACAGUGGUUUAAAAGCGUUGUUAUAUUUGUGUGCGAGGUUCUAUAUUUUCUUAUGGUAUUGUAUAAUGGGUUUUGAAAAAAUGGCAAAUAUUUUAUUUAGGAGGGCUUGGUAUGUUGAUGCUCGCAAUGUACAAAGUCUCAUUCUGGGAAUCUGGUGACUAUGUUCAAUGGGACACUCUCUAUGUGUGUGUAGGUGGUGGGUGUGUGAUGUGAUCUGUAGAAUGGUCCUCCUCCCCUCCCCUCCCUCCCCCCAGAAACCCAUGUAGGUAGUCGUAGGCCAAUUUCUUUGGUUAUUUUUUGUGACUGUUGAGUGAUUCUACUAUGUUCUGCCAUCCCGUAGUUUAAGUGUGUGCUGUCAGUGUGGAGCCUCACCCUAGAUAUCUGUGUAGGUGUUGCCAAGCUUGUAGUGCGCGCUAGUCAUUCAGUGGGCUUGUAGUGGCCCCGCUGCUGCUGAAGCCGCCGCAGCAUGAGCCACGGGACAGUAUCGUAGCCUCCUGUAGCCAAAAUGCUUAGUGUAAGGCAGUCUUGUAUACCGAUGGUAGUGUAUUGUAGCAGAGCGGGGUUGGACUGGCUGGAGGCGUGAGUGUCUGCGCCCUGUCUGCAACUCACUGCUAGUGAACUAAAGGCAGGCCAGACACCAGUAUCACGUGCAGGGCGCCGUGGUCAGCCCUGCCCCCUGCUGUAGCCUACAAGUGUUGCCAAGGACUCAGUACCGCCGCUUGCGGGCAGGGGCUGUCCUCAGCCGCCCUCAGCAGGGCGCCCCGCCCGCCCGCGACAAACCACUCUGAACUGCGGUCAGCUUUCACUAGGUUAAUAAGAAGAAUGUAAUAUAUAUUCAUAAUAUAAUGAUACAUAUAUACUGCAUAGGAAAUAUGCACUAUCUAUCGUACGUAGGGUGUCCCAGGUGCCACGUAGGUAGACGUGUAGCGAGGGUGGGUGCAGCGAUCUCCCCCUCCUCGCCCACACCACUGAUGACGGCGGUCCUUAGUUCCCCCAACACCUGCCACGGGGGAACGGGGAGGCCGCUGCUGGAGGUGGGGAGUCAUAUUCCAAGAGGGGCUGCCUCCCCUCCCUCCUCGCACCAAUACGGGUCUAACAGUGAAGGCGGGUGGGCCAAGGCAGACCCUACGGGUCCCACCAGGCCCACACCCACCAAGGCAGCCUCAGGAGCUUCACCAAAGCAGCCUCAGAAGCCUGGUGAGCGAGCGUCAAACACACUCCUCCCAUUAAGACAGCCUCGGGAGCCUGGUGAGCGUAGUGUCAAACACCCCUCCCACCGAGGAAGCCUCAGGAGCCUGGUGAGCGUGGUGUCAAACACUCCUCCCACCAAGGCAACCUCAGGAGCCUAGUGAGCGAGUGUCAUACAUUCUCCUCCCACCAAGGAAGCCUCAGGAGCCUGGUGAGCGUGGUGUCAAACACUCCUCCCACCGAGGAAGCCUCAGGAGCCUGGUGAGCGUAGUGUCAAACACUCGCCUCUCACCACCCACUCCAGGCUCAAACCUGAUCUAGGCCUCAGUAUUAAAACAAGUAUUACAACCGUAAAGUAUUGCCAAGUUAUGGAGGGCACGAAUAAGUGGCACUUAUGCCAGGGUGCGGCCUGGCCUGGCCAGUGUGGUCCCCACGGGCCGUCUGAGCCCUAGCGUCUCUCACCGUCGCAGGUUGGUGGUAGGGAGAG